UAUGCGUGUGUAUGUACGCGUGUGUGGAGUGUGGACAGCCAUGGGAGAGAGAGGACAUGCUGUUCUAUCCAUCAAAAUGCCCGCAUUGUGUUUUCACACGGUAGAGCAGCAAGCAGGGCCUAUAGCGGAGGACAUGGCUUCGAAGUGCAGGCCCAGGAGCUGCUAGAUCAAUAAGGAUUGAUGCAUUUUUGCGCGUCUCGAGAGCGGCUUUGGGCUCGUUGGCUGGCUGGCUGGCCGAGGCCUGUCCAGUUCUGGUGAUGUCUUUGGUCCAGGCCAAGACAAAUGACCAGCUUACUGUAUAGGUUUUGCUUCUGUGCAACGGCUUUACAAGGAAAUGUUGUAAAUUUGGGGGCGUAGAAGAGAUUUGACUGUAGAGAGGCAGACAUUCAUAUUUGUGAUGGUUUUUUCAUUCCUUGUUUCAGCACGGAAUGCGCAAUAGGAGAAAGUUUGAAAAAUCAACAGGCUGAAGAAAUCAAAGCACCAGGUUUAUGAUACCACUGAACAUUGUUUGUGAAAGGUUGUAAGAGGAUAAAAGUGCUGUCACCUCCUUUCAAUAUUUGCCAAGUUAUGUUGUAAGAAAAGGUGGUACUUUUAUUAUUUUAGUGGAAGCAGAUCCUAUAGGGGUUUGACAACAAAAUAAGAGCACACACAAAAACUUUAAUAAGCUUGUAGUUUUCUUUUUCUUUGUUGUGACUGGUGUUGUAUCAACUCUGAUAUUUUGUCAGGCUGUAGAGUGUGGUGUUUACUUGGUUUAUUGUAAGGAGCUGCUGUUGUUCAUAUGCACAUCUAUAUUCUUCUGUUUGCUGUCAGUGAUGCUGCAUGUGAGGUGAUUUAGAGACACUCCUCUAAACCCUGACAGAGAAUGAGAACGUAUGUUGUCAUGGAAAGGUUGUGUGUCUGUGUGUGUGCACUUGUAAUAAACACAUUUUAGGGACAUACAUCUGUACAUCUGUCACAUUAUUGACAGUCACCUCCUAUUUGGGGACAAACAGCAGGUCCCCACAAGGUAAACUACUUAUAUUCAGGUCGGGGUUGUGCUUGGGCAUGUAGUAGUUAGAUUUAUGUAGUUAGGUAAAUUUCCACUAGGGUUGGGUAAUACCCCAAAAACCCCUCAAAAAUGUAUUCCAAACCGAUACCAAGUAAUACAAGAAUCACCAAUAUAUAGAUACAGCUACUUAAUUUUUUUACCCCUGUAAAAACACAAGGCAGUUUUUAAUGGUAAGAAAACAAAUGUUUAUUGUGUGAAUUCUCUGAACUAACGAGUGUUCACGUUUAAUAUAACGUGGCACAAAUAAAUUUCUUUUGGUAUGAAUUAUAUCGACGCUAGUAUUGAUACUCAAAACUAGAAUUAAGUGUCAGCAGUAUUGAUACGCCCAUCUCUAAUCUCCAGGGAAUUAAUUUAAGUCAAUGCAGUGUCGUCAGAAACACGUUCCCACGUGUGUGAGAGAGAACAAAUAAACUGAAAAAGAGCAAAAACCCUCCUAAGUGGGGGCAUUUGGCCUCUAAGGGUCUAGCUGGGAUUAGGAUUUGGGCUCAGGGUUAAGAUUAGGAUUAGGAUUUAGAAUUAGGGUUAGGUUGGGGGACAAUCAAUAAAUGUCCUCAGAAGUAUAAUAAUAUAAAUAUGUGUGCAGAGACAGAAAGAGAGAGAUAAUUUCAUUUGGUGUUAUAAGUCUAUUCACUCCUUUCUUUCUCUCUCAUUUUCUCGCAAACACACACAUGCACGCACACACGCACACACGCACACACGCACACACGCACACACACAAAAUCCCUAAUUACAGACAUGAAUCUCUGAGCUACUCCAGAGUAGGAGUAAUUAAAGCAGGCCUCUCCUCCCGGCAGAGAGGGUGAGAGACAGAGUGAGAGACACAGUCGUAACACACUCAUCGUGAUGUAUGUGAGGAGCGAGGUGUGUUUUGAUCAUAUGCACCGGUGGGGAAACGUCUACGCUGUGCUAACAGAAGUGUAAAAGAAAAAGAUUGGAGGUUUAUGAGGUUUUUAAAUGAGUUUUGGACACCGCAGGUAUGAAAGGACUUGAAAAUUCCUUUUUGUUGGGAUCAGCGAUGCAGGAAUGUCCUACCAACUGAUCAAUUAUGUGGUAUUACUGGUGCUUUGUGAAGAAAAAUGAAGUUGUGAUGACAGAUAUUGUAACAUGAAUGAUAAGGCUGAUGAUGACAGUUUGGCAUUGAAGUAAAUUCCACCCUCAUGAUCUCAAAAUGUUUGCAGUUUUAUUACUGAAAUAUGAAAACUUCAACUACGAUUUAAUUUGGCCCUCCACAAAGCAAAAUGUGGGAUAGUUUGAGAUUUUCAUAAUUUCAGUCAGCAGUUAUCCCAACUCAAAAUUGUAUAAGAAUGACUGUUUUAAUGCAGAUUUCACUCUCAUUAGUAAAACAACAAAACUCUCCCCAUAUGGAUCCAUGGAACUAAAUCUUAAAUCCAAGACAAGCCGAUGUGAGCUCAGCUGCCGUCCAGCUCUGUCGUUUUGACUUGGCAACUGUCCCUGCACCACUCAGAUCGUCCUCUCCGUCCAGUCACAUUUGUGUUGAGAGAGAGAGUCCUGUCUGUCUACCAUCAGUCAGUUUUCUCCUGUGUUGGUGUAGUCUGAUGGAUCAGUAUGUCUACCACUAAUAAUAUCGCCCAGGCCAGGAAACUGGUGGAACAGCUGAGGAUUGAGGCAGGGAUUGAACGCAUUAAGGUGUCUAAAGCAGCAGCAGAACUGAUGAGUUACUGUGAGCAGCACGCUCGUAGCGACCCUCUGCUGGUUGGGGUUCCCACCUCCGAAAACCCUUUCAAGGACAAGAAACCCUGCAUCAUCCUAUAGCCGCGCUACGCCCCUCCAGCCCUCACACACACACACACAUUCACAUACACCCAUGCACAUACAGACACACACUCACACAUACACAUUCAGUACUUAAAUUGAUCCCCAGACACACACAUGCAAACGCACACUUCAAGCAGCCCAUCUAGCAUACACACACUCACUCAUAGAAACACACGCAUUCCCAAAAUAGCCACUCUGGAAAAGCGCCAUACCCUGGAGCCACAGCUCGGGGGCAGGUAUCUUGUGCUCACAGUGGCUGAGAUCAGUAUAUCACUGAGUAUGACCCAAGGUGCUUUGGUAAUAUUCAUAUAUGCUGGUAAAUUAACUACAAGUGUCAGCUUAACUUGAAAAGGGAUUUGGACAUUAAUAAUCGGUAGGAAACCAGGAUUUUUCCUUCUUCUGUUAUGAAAUAAAGGGUUGGGAUAAAGGAUGGACAGCAGUGCCAUAGGCAAGGAGUGGGAGGAUGCAUGUGGGCAACAGAAAUGUACGGUAGGCGCUCCUGCCAACCGUGCCAAAACCGACCUGGUGUCCCAUUAAAAGCUCAAUUAAUGCGUUGGGUUUUUUUGGUAGAUAAAAAAGGUCUGAGAGCUUUGCCCUCGAACCUGCCAGUGCUAAAUCAUGGCGGGUCAUUUUGGAGCGAGUGGUUGAAGCUUUUCCCUUUAUCGGGCUAGCAUGUUCCCACCCAAACCUGUUUCAACAGACCUUCUCUGCCUGUGGCCUCACUAUGGCCGUCUGCAGCCUUUGGCCAAACCUCCAGCUGUGCCAUCCUGUACAGAAAGUCGUUUCUAGAUGCUGAUCUGCUGUCACCGAUUCCACUGCAGUUCAUUACGGCUGCUGUUGGUUGAAAUCGAUGUCUAAGCUGACCUCAGAUCUGCACCUAUGAGGGGAACAUAGUGAACUGCUCUACGCAGAACUCAAGCUAUUAACCCUGGACGUUUACUGCAUUUUUCUUAAGAAAUACUUGUUUGUGAACUUAAUGUACGUUUUGAUAUUUUGUUGAAACAUUACUUAACAGAUAAGAAAAUACUGUACUUUUUUUUUAUUGUUUUGCUUUGACAUAGGUGUUGCCCCUGGCUGAUCAGGUUUCUCUUCCUGUCUGACAUUAAAUGUUAAUGAAAUGACAGGAGAUCUGGUUGUAAGCCAGGGGUCAUACCUAACCAGAUACCUGCUAGGAUCUUAAACAAAAAGUUUCUACUGUACAUCAAGCCUCCCUGUGCUUUACCCUAAGAGAGGGCAAGGAUACAGACUGACCACACCUGAGAAUCAGGCUACAAGGACUGCGAGGCUGGAGGAGAAAACCCAAACUUCAAAAGUGAAGCUGUCCCAAAAAGUAAAAAUGAAGCGUUCCCUUUCCGACCUUCUCCGCUUAUGUUUGAUUCUUUCAAUUGGCAGUUUUUAUAAGGUUAAUGGAAGGAAAAGAAGAGAUAUAUUGCACUGGAUAGUGAAAAGAUGGAGGUGUUUGUUUUGUUUGCCUCUACAGUAGAGAAGGGGGAUAUGUCUUGUUUUAAUGCAUAACAAUUCUGGCUUUAAAUCAGAUUAGAAUAAAUAUUACCUGGCUUUACCACUCUUUAAAGUUUCCAGUUUCCCCAGUAGAAGAGCUUGCUCCAGUGUGAGCUCAAACUGGUCAGGGACUGGAUUGGUAAGAGCCAGCAGUCCCCUGUUCCCUCCUCUCCUCCACAAUGCUCCUCUCCUCUGACAAACCAAACUUGAUUGUAAAAACUGAAGAUGAAGUGAAAAAAAAUGAAGUCAAGAGAAAUAAACUGUGUAUAAACUUUC